AUGUCCGAAUCCGAGGAGAAACUAGACAGGUUUUAUACUAAUGAAGUAGACCCUGUGUACGAGGGUCCUCACAAUGACGAGAUCCGCCGAAUUCAGUCACACCCAGACCCCUUGCACCCUGAUGUUAACGAGAAGGAUCCUUGGAAAUACAAACUCGAUACAGUAUCUGGAUAUAGAAUCGUAGAAUUUUUGCCUAAUGACAAGGGUGAUCCUCGCCAAUGGACAAAGUUAAGAAAAUGGGUCAUUACAAUGUUUUUGGGAUUGCUGUGUUUUUCAAUCGCUUUCGCAUCAGGUAUUGUAACCGGUAAUAUUAACGAAGUUGCCGAGUAUUUUAAUGUCUCCAUUGAGGUUGUUAUUCUUACUGUGACCCUAUUUGUAAUUGGAUUUGGUGUAGGCCCACUAGUAUUUGCGCCGUUAUCUGAAACUGUUGGAAGAAGGCCCGUUUAUGUAAUCACAUUAUUCUUCGGUGUAGUGUUCAUCAUCCCAUGCGCUGUUGCAAAAAAUAUAGGCACCCUUCUUGUUUGCCGUCUCAUUGAUGGAAUUUUCUUCUCUGCUCCUAUGACUAUUAUAGGAGGGUCUUUGGCUGAUAUGUGGAUUAAUGAAGAGAGGGGUGUGGCUAUGGCAGUGUUUUCCGCUGCUCCCUUUCUCGGCCCAGGUAAGACAAUCAAAUUUAUUCCUAUCGAGGAAAUUAUAAUUCAUGACUAA